GCAAUAUAGGAAGUAAAUUCCACAGUUUACCGUUCGUGUUUUGACAGCUCGAACUAAACACAGCUGUUUCCAUACAUUUAAUCUGCUAAUCUCAUUGUUUCUGGGCAAUAUUCGACUAGAAUAACCGACUCGACUAGCUGUAACUCUGACGGCACCGUGCGCGAAGUCGACGAGGUGGUAAGAGUCCAUGAGUCGCAGUCGGAACCCCCCUCCCCGGGGUCAAGGGGCAGCGCGAGCCAAACAGAUGGGGCUGCUCCUUGACCUGUCCCCGGAUGGAGGGAUGGAUGAUGAGGGGAAUGACGACGAGCUGGAAGCAGAGUUGCUCAAUCUGGUUGGGGGAGGAGGAGGAGGAGGGGGGAGAUCACAAGGAAAGAGAGGUGAAGGGAGAGCUCCUGUUCACAUGGCUGAAAUAGAGCGAAUGGCAGCUCUUUGCAUGAAAGACCUGGAUGAUGAAGAAAUGGAUGAUGGAGAUUUGGAUGAUGAAGAUCUGCUGGCAGAGCUUAAUGAAGUUUUAGAGGAUGAUGAGGAACAAAGCCCUGCUCCCACCCCACCUGCCAUCACACCGAGUGCUCCCAAAGUGAGCAUCACAUCCCACUCUGCUCCUCCUGCUGCUCCCAGUGGUGCAACUGGGCUGGAGUCCCGCGUAUUGGAGCGUAUUGAAAUGUAUAAAACUGCCAUUUCUAAUGCCAAGGCAGCAGGGGAGACCAGCAAAGUUCGACGAUAUGACCGUGGGUUAAAGACAUUGCAGUCCAUGUUAACAUCUGUCAAGAAAGGAAAACCAGUCAAUGAGGAGGAGAUGCCACCUCCCGUUGCUCUCGGUGGAAACACCAAUGUCACCGCAGGGUCUGAAUCGGUCAAGGAACGAGAACUGCCACAGCCAGCACUGAUGCCCUCUCCUCCCACCAAUCAGAAACCUCUGAGGGAGGCUCCGCCGACAGCUCCUAACAUGAAGCCACUCCAUCUGACCCCGCCCCAAAAGCCCACUGCUGCCAUCACCCCAGAAACACCUGCAAUCUCUCCACUCACCCCCAGCCAGCCAGAUGCACAGCACUCAGAGCUGAAACAGGCAGUGUUGUCCAGACAGAGGGAGUAUAAGUUGGCUGCCAUAAACAGCAAACAGAGCGGAGACAUUGACUUGGCCAAACAGCACUACCUCACUGCCAAGAAGCUGGAUGCACUGGUGGAGGCACUGGACAGAGGCGAAUCAGUAGACCUGAGCUCACUACCUCCCCCUCCAGGAGAUGUAGUGGCUGCACACAGUGCACCUCCACCUCCUCAGUCCUCUAAGCCUGCUCCCCCAGCAGCCCCUGCUGCUCCUGCUCCCACCCAGGUGGCUGCUGCAGACCUGCCUGCCCCCAGCAGCGUGGCAGAAGCCCUGCAGCAGAGAAUGGACAUAUACAAGUCAGCAGCAGAGGGAGCCAAGAGCAAAGGAGAUGAUCGUAAGGCUCGCAUGCACCAGCGCAUUGUCAAGCAAUACCAGGAUGCCAUCAAAGCUCAUAAAGCUGGACGACAGGUCAACUUAUCUGAUCUACCUGUGCCACCAGGCUGUCCACCACUUCAGGGCUCAGAGGGGGGUCAGCAGCAGAACUUCGUGGGUGUCCUGGAAACAGCAAUGAAAAUAGCUAAUCAGGAUGCGGACGCAGAAGAUGAAGAAGAGGAUGGUCCAACAGAGGCUGCCAAGCCUGCAGUGCGUCCACCUGCCCAGAAAGCUAAGUCUCCGGCUCCACAGGCCCCUGGUGGUUCCUCAGCUCUGAAACUGGGACCUAAAGCCCAGCAGCAAGUGGAUUUCCUGUUGCUAAGGCGACAGGCAUUUUUGCGUGCAGCACUGCACUCCAAACAGAUGAAGGACAUGGCUGGAGCAGCGCAGCACCUCAGACAUGCCAAGGGACUGGACCCCAUGGUCACUGCUGCCAAGUCUGGCCUACCCGUUGAUAUCACCAAGAUUCCCAGUGCCCCAGUGAGUGAGGAGGACUACUCACUGUCUCGCUCCCGUACAUCCCCUCUCUCCCCUCGCUCCAGUGAACAGUACCAUGGCCUCAUGGAUCUUUUAAGAAAGCAGCACGAGAAAUGUCUGACCUACUCUCAGCAGUUCAUACAAAUGGGCAAUGUGGCUGAGGCUCUGAAGUUUGAGAAGCUAGUUGAGGAGUGUAUGAAGAACAUAGAGAUACUAAAGAAUGCCCACGCCAAAGGCCACCCAGUCCCCAAGUGCCACACAGAAGAGAGGACCUUCAACUCUGUCAAGGUCUACUCCAACCUGACACUUAAUGACCUGAUACUGUACAUAAUCAGAGGCAUCAACCUACCAGCUCCCUCAGGUGUCUCACCUAACGAUCUAGAUGCAAGUGUGAAAUUUGAGUUUCCUUUUCCCAGCGCGGAGGAGGCUCAGAGGGACAAAACCAGCACAGUAAAGAACACUAACAGUCCAGAGUUUAAAGAGCAGUUCAAACUCAACAUCAACCGUAACCAUCGAGGCUUUAAACGAGUCGUCCAAUCCAAAGGCAUCAAGUUUGAAAUCAUCCACAAAGGAGGCUUGUUUAAGACAGACAAGGUAUUGGGCACAGCUCAACUGAAGCUAGAGGCUCUAGAAAACCACUGUGACUUCAGAGAGAUCAUAGAGGUGAUGGAUGGACGUAAAGCCACAGGUGGCAAGUUGGAGGUGAGGGUGAAGAUCAGAGAGCCUUUAUCAGGAGUUGAUCUCCAGCCAGUGACAGAGAAGUGGCUGGUGCUCAAUCCAGUCUCCUCCCUUUCUCCGCCAGAGAGACAAAAGGAACGAGCUCCAUCUCCUCGGUCUAAACCCAGACAUGAAGCGAGCAGCAGGAGCAGUCAUCCCAACAACUCUCCUCCACAGUACAAACUCCACAGCUUCAGCCUCCUCAACUAUGACAGGGAGCGGCUGGAGAGAAAGAUUGCAGAAUACCGAAAGAAUCGUCGGGAUCCUCCGUCUGACCUCAUCCAUCAACACAAAGAGGUCACACACAGACUGCAGUGGCAGAAAGCACAGCUGGAGCGUGCCUCUCCUGCUCUGCUGACAGAAUAUGAAAAUGUGCUGCAGCGCUUCGUCCAAGGACUCUCUGACUCCGUGAAGAAAUACUCCAGCCAAGGCAACAGAGAUGCUGCCAAGGAUGCACUGGGCAGGUUGAAGAUAGUGGAGAAUGAGCUGGAAUCACUGAAACGGAAACGCACUGGAUAAGAGGAGAAAAGAGGGAGCGGAGACUUGGCUGGAGUACUGUUAUUUCACCUCUCUCUGUCUCAUACACACUCCUAUACAAACACUACAGUUGGUACUUUAAGUACGUUUAGCAUGAUGCUGUGCUGCUCAUGUCUGUGACAGCUGCAUGAACCAACCUGCUAAUUCUAUCAGUUGAUCAUAUAACAUGUGUCACUCGUGGUUAGCUGCCUGCCACAACAGCUGAGAAUAAAUCUGGAACUACAAAGGGACACAAAUUAGAGCAAGCAUUAAAAUGUGUUUAAGAGUUAAGGGAGAGGUAGACCUAUUUGCACUUAAACAAGAAAGACACUCCAGAAAACUGCUUCUGAAGUAGAGCUUUACAGACUUUACCUGUACUCUGUUAAUUAUUUUUUUAUAUUUCCAUCUUUCCUUUGAGAAUUGUUGGUGAAGAGAUCUGUAAGAAGACUUAACAUUUUACAUUUGAUACCAGCUCAGAGAGUCUUUUGGCGUCCGUUGAUGACCAAAAAAUGUGUAUGUGCGUGUGUGUGCCUGCUCUGAAGUGUGUUUAACCGAUGGACUGAGGUGUUUUUAACCCCUUUUCCCAUAUUUUAUGUGUGUAAUGAGCUUAAUCUAAUCUGUCUGCUCCAGUGUUCCCAGAUUACAGUAAUCUGCUCCGUUUGGAGUGGUGUGAUAUGGGAAUAAAAAAACGGGGCUACAGCCUACAUCCCAUAAUGAGGGAUUAGUGUUUGUGUCACCAAGGAGACGACUAGAUCAGACGUAGAGUCGCCUUUGGGGUUGGGGAGAGGGGGUGUUAACAGCAUGCCAUAAAUGUGGUAGAAGCUUAGCCCUGCUAAAGGAUUGCCUCGUCUUCUUCAUCAGCUGUUUCUUCUUUGUUGUCUUCUUCAUCUUCACUUUCUUCACACUAAUUCCAUUGCAUAUAUUCAGAGAUUAUUCAGCCUUGAAUAAUAUUUCGCUCCACGUGGAUUUUCUUUAAACUCUAAUACAAUAUUAAGUCCAUUGUGCUGUCAAUUAGAAAAUAAUUAGCAGCUGCUGCGUCAGUGUUGUGCUGUUUUCCACAGAUUUCAGUGUGCCCAGUUUACAAAAACAGAUUCUGUCCCACUGAGCUCUCCAGUGGCAGCACAGUGGAUGCUGAAUAGUCUGCCCACAGGACGACAACCCAAUAUCUGUCAGUAAGGCUGGGUAAUUGCUCAUUUCUAUUUCUGUUCCCCCACAGACAUCCCUGUCAUAGGCAUCCUUGUCAUUCCUCUCUACACCUUUUUUUGUGACUAAAGUUGAGGGGAUCUGGUAAAACUUUAUAAGAUGUAGAUUUCAACUGACAAAGGCAGACACCCUGGAAUUAAUUGUUUACAACAACAACAACACUAGAUGUGCAAAAACAGUAAUUUUACAAAUGUGUCACAUUGCUGCCAUGUAUAGUGCUCUGGACAAAAGUUUCCUCUAUGUGUUUGACAACCUGCUAACCUGACAGCAGAUUCUGCUGAUCCACGUUGAUUGCAUGCAGCCUGGAUGUAGCAGAAUACUUUGAAUGAGCCUUACUGUAUGUUUAUUUUGACUCUUCUAUGUUGAUGAUGUCUGUUAACCGCACUAAUAGUUUUUUGGUCACGUGGAGAAUCAUGUGUUUGCUCUAAUCCACCCACAGUCUCACUCCAUUAGCAAAUAAUCCUGGUUAAAGCUGACCUGAUGUGGCUCUCCAUACACUGUGCGAGUUUUAUGUAGCUCUCCCUUCCCCCUCUUUUUUUUUUUAAUCAGGAGAAGAUAUCGUCUGAUUCUUUGUAAAUGGUACGUUAUGGUGCUUUUGAUCAGCUGAUAUUUUUUAGAUGGACAGGACUGAUAAAGCUCUGACAUUACAACCUUUAGGCAUUUAAAAGACCAUAACCUGUGUUUCUCUAGUUUUUAGCAUCUUAACUUCAAGCCAUGUACACAGAACAGUUUGGCAGAAAUUGUCAGUGCAUGCAACACAGUUUCAGAGUUUUGGAUGUAGCUUUCCCACUCCUCCAGGCAGCUGUUGGUUUCCAUUGAUUUCCAUGUGUUAUGAAAAUCAUUUAGCAGACUCAUGAGACUGCUUGACUUUGAGCCAAACAUUUAGCUCAUUGAGUUGUGUAGACUGAAUGGAUAAAUUCAAGCAAAAUUAUUUUUCAUUCUGUAUGGAAAUGAAACUAAUGGCUGCCUGGGCAGCUGUUUUUAAAAAAACUCCAUCUUUUACAAUUUCCUGAAAGCCAAAGCAACGGCUUCAAAUUGCUUGUUAUGUCCAUCUACCGGUCCAAAACUCAGAUAUAUUUAGUUCAUUUAAGACCUCACAUAAGACAAUGAAAAGCGGUAUAUACUCACAGUUUAGAAGCUUGAACUAGGGAAGGUUCUGUAUUAUAAUAUUCUGUAUGGUGUAAAAAAUGUGGUUGAUUUACUAAGUCAAGUAAGGACUGACUGAGACCACAUAGCUCUGAUAUAACUUGCGGAGUUGUAGCAGUCACAUAUUUUAACAGCAUUAAAAGACCACACAAAAACUGCAACUGCACAGCACCCAUUCCUAUCAGUCAAAUAGCUUUAACCCAAUUUUACCCCUAACACACACACACCCACACACACACGCAUGCUCCUCCACUAACCUCGUGGCCUCUGAGGCUGUUCUGUUGUCGUGACAACGAGCUCAUCAGCAUUCAGUGUGGUAGUUGGAUGGUCAGGACCCUGGCAGAGGGACAUAUUGUUAAAGUUUGUCCUGCUGGUGACUCAAUCCUUUUCCCGCAUAUACAACACACCCCACACACACUCCUCAAUCGGUUUCUUUCCUUUUUUUGUUUUCUCUCUCUCUCUCUCUCUCUCUCUCUCUCUCUAAAUCAUACUCUGUAAUCUGACUACACUGCAUUUAAGGAAAGAGAAAUUUUGGUGGAUUGUUUAUCAUUAAUAUUUCUGUCUUGAUCAGCUGCAGUAUAUGUGUUCAUCUGGGCUUGGGGAGGAUACUAUGACUUUUUUUUUAAAUCAGUUAAGUCAUGUAAGGGCAAUCAAUAUAAAUGUAAUAUUUAUAUACAGUAAAUAUGCAGCAUAAUAUGCUCUGUCUCUAUUUUUAAGUGUAAGUCAUGAUUUGUGAAGCUCAAAGUGGGAAUGUAUUAAAGCCUGAUUGUUUAGGCUUUUGGUAUCUUAUGUAUGAGGUCAGUGUUAACAUGAAUAAAAUGGUAACAGCUC